AGCAAAACGCCGACGCCGUGCCGACACAGCUUGAGCCCCGAUUGGCCUGGACCUCAAAGGAUCCCCACAGCUGAAUGGGACCAGCUUGGCAACCUGGGGCCCAACCUGGCGAGCCUAGAAGGCUGAGCUCCAAGUGCGCGUUCAUGACUGCCUGCCAAACCGGAAGCUCCGAACCAAGAGACCGAGGGAGACAGAAGCAUCCUAACCCAACCCAACCACCCACCUCGACCAACACAUACAACGCCAAAAUGGAGGUUUUACUCGGAAUCACGGGCAAGGACUUCACCCUGAUUGCGGCGUCCAAAGCCGCCAUGCGCGGAGCUACGAUCUUGAAGGCAGCCGACGACAAGACGAGGCAGUUGAACAAACACACAUUGAUGGCCUUCUCUGGCGAGGCUGGCGAUACAGUCCAAUUCGCCGAAUACAUCCAAGCCAACGCCCAGCUUUACUCGAUGCGCAACGAGACGGAUCUGUCACCUUCCGCUUUGGCACACUUUGUUCGGGGUGAGCUAGCGUCGAGUCUUCGAUCGCGGAAGCCCUACAACGUCAACCUCCUUCUCGGUGGCGUCGACCCCAUCACACAUAAGCCGAGCCUGUACUGGCUUGAUUACCUUGCAUCCUUGGCUCCGGUGCCAUAUGCGGCGCAUGGAUAUGCUCAAUACUACUGCCUUUCCAUCCUGGACAAACACCACCAGCCAGACAUUGCCCUCGAACGGGGCAUGGAACUUCUUACGCUCUGCGCAGACGAGUUGAAGAGGAGGUUACCGAUAGAUUUCAAGGGGCUGGUGGUCAAGGCGGUCACCAAGGAUGGGAUUAUCGACAUGCCGUUCGACGACGACAGGAUCGUCAAGAGCGCUUGAUUUUCGGGUGGACAUGAAGUCUCGCAGGCACAUGAGUUGUGUAUGAUACCUGGUCAUAGGACAAUGGGCGCGGCCAACGCCUGCUGAGAUUCUCUUCAGUAUGCGUCCUCGUUUCGGCCAAGUGAUACGCACCAAGGCCCCAUUGGAGGUUCAAGGUCUGAAUCGUUACAACAGCGGCGCUUGGGGGACGAUCAUACUUUACUGCGCGAUGGGGCGCGGAGGAUGGAUCAUUCCGAAGGUCGUCGCAUUUCCUCUCAAUAUGCCUGUUGUAUUUUGCUUCUGUUGCAACUCCGUCCUGGCUCAGUGUGGCGAAAAGAGCAUAAGGUUAUGUCGCUUUUCCAUCCAUUGCACUCAUUGCCCAUAACCAAUACAAAUUGCGUUCCUGGGGCAAUCGGACUUCUCCUGGCAUCGGAGGGAAGUGAGGACUUGGUGCCUUUAUA